GGGGGUUGGGGGUAGGGGGGAGACCGGAGACGGGAGACCAGAGACCUGCUGCAGAAAACGGUUUCCCUGCUUUGCAAGAAAGGGAGAGGAGACACUAGCUCCGGAGUCACUCUGCAUGGGGGCCCUGUGUGAACCGGUGACUCCUGCAGGAGAGAAUGCCUCAGGACCAAGAACAGACAGAGAGCAGAUGGUCUUGGGUGGUGUUGCUGGGCACCAUCGUGGUCCAGGGCCUGACACUGGGCUUCCCUACUUGUAUUGGCAUCUUCUUCGCUGACCUGCAGCAUGAUUUCCAAGCCAGCAACAGUGAGACAUCCUGGUUCCCUUCCAUCCUGAUCUCAUUACUCCAUGCUGGAGGGCCCAUUUGCAGUAUACUGGUGGAGCACUUUGGUUGCCGAGUGACAGUGAUGCUUGGGGGAGUCCUGGCCAGUUCAGGCUUUGUGGCCAGCUCCUUCUCCCGCUCCCUUAGCGAGCUCUACAUCACAGCCGGAUUCAUCACAGGCCUGGGCAUGUCCUUCAGCUUUCAGGCAGGCAUCACAGUGUUGGGACACUACUUCUUCUACUAUCGGGCACUGGCCAAUGCACUGGCCUCAGCUGGCGUCUCCAUUGGUAUUUCGCUGUGGCCCCUGAUUUCCCGCUACCUCCUGGAGGUCUUCGGAUGGAGAGGCACCUUCUUGAUCUUUGGUGGGAUCUUGCUUCAUUGCUGCAUCUGUGGGGCUGUCAUGAGGCCUGUAGCUCCUAAGACUGAGUCAGCCUGUCCCCCACCCAACAAGGUCCCUGAACAGGGUCGACUGUUGACUUGCGGUCAGGCUGUGCAGCGACAUCUGGCCUUUGACGUCUUCCUCCAGAACCACAGCUACCGCUUCUACACCCUGGGUGUGGUAUGGAUGCUGAUGGGCUUCGCAGUUCCUCACGUCUUCCUGGUACCCUUUGCCUUGAGCCAAAAUGUGGAAGAACACAAGGCUGCUUUACUCAUCACUAUCAUUGGCAUCUGCAACAUAUUCCUUAGGCCCAUGAUCGGAGUGGUGGCUGGCCGGUCAAUGUUUGCUGGUCGCCGUGUGUACCUUUUCGCCCUGGCAGUCUUGUUAAAUGGGCUGAGCAACCUCAUAUGUGUCAUCUCAGGCAGCUUCUCUGUGCUGGUUUUCUAUUGCCUGGUGUACAGCAUCUCCAUGAGUGGCAUCGGGGCUCUGCUCUUCCAGGUGCUCAUGGAUAUAGUGCCCAUGAACAGAUUCUCCAGUGCCCUGGGCCUCUUCACCGUCCUUGAGAGUUUCACGGUCCUUAUAUCUCCUCCACUUGCUGGCCUGCUUUUGGACACUACUGGAAACUUCAGCUAUGUUUUCUACAUGUCCAGCUUCUUCCUCAUCUCAGCUGCUCUCUUCAUAGGUCUCAGCUUCUUCUUCCUCUGCAAGAAGACUAAGGAGAAGCAAAUGAUGGACAGAGUCCAUGAAGAACCUACUCCAGAAAAGGAACUCAACCAGAGAUACACAGAGGAGCCUGUGACUCAGUCACACUCAACAGUCAUGUAUGUGACAUAUGUCACAAGCGUCUGAGCCUGAGGAGCUGGAGGGUGCAUGGACCACCAGUCCUCCCUGACUCUGGGUCCUUCUGUGCUAGCCCUCACUAUGUCCCUCUGGUCUCCCCCCACUCAGGGCCCAAUGAAGCACUAGCUUCUUAUGCUCUCUUACCCUGUGAUCAGAAGGCUCCUCGAACCCCUGACUCUCCCCUUGAGGUGACCAGAAAGAGGAACUUGGCUUGUAUCUUUUCCCAGUCCCCUGCCUCUCUCACCUCUUAGGAAGGAGCAGCAAGAUCCAUCUUAGAGAGAACUAGGGGAGGCUAUGGGCAGCACUGGGCAGAGGGAACCAGAUUCAUUCUAGCAGUGACCAAGAAAAACAGUAUGUUUGAAUUAUACACAAGGACAUUGUAUCUUGGAGCAGCUGGCUAUAAAACUCUUUGAACUAAUGAGGUGAAUUAAUGAAGCACAGAAAAUAAGUAUGGGGUAAGUUUUAUUUCCCUUACCCCGCCCCUUUUUUUUUUUUUCCUCCAUUUGGCAGGAGCAGUCUUGGUGGAAUUUUGUUUGCUGAUUUGACUGGAUUGAGUUUCCAAAAAAAAGCUUUCUCAGGGACCUUUAAGAAUUGAUUUUCUUUGCAUGACCUGAACUUACUCUGUUCUGCUGCAUGCAGGCAGGGCUGGAGUGCCAUGGCCCUGAUUCUGCCCAGCAGGGAUGAGUCAGCGCCCUCAUUGGCACCCCCUCUCUCAUCAUCAAGUGAAUGUGGACCUACUCUGCACCUCUCUGCUUCCCUGUGCUAAAAUCCUACCUAUCCUGGCUAUAAGGCAGGGAUGCUUUAAGGCACAAGCCCCUGUAUUGAACUGUUCUUCCUGAUAGGGCAGAGGGGAAUUCAGAUUUAUAGGGUAUUUGUCAAGUGCCCACUGUGUGCCAGGCAUCAUGCCAGCCAUCUCAGAGAAUAUAAAGAUGAGUAAAAGACUGUCAGAGAGAACAUGGAGUUCUGACGGAAAUCAUGGUCUAACAGUAGGGCAAGAUUGGAGUCUGGCGUGGGCCAGCAGGCACAUAUAUUGCUGCUAAAUACCAGGUCUUAAAGGUUUUGGGUUUUUUUUUUUUUGGUGGCCCCCUCCCCUGCAAGGAUAGGAGGCAGCUAGGUGGAUCAGUGGAUAAAGUGAUGGGCCUGGAGUCAGGAAGACUUGAGUUCAAAUCCAGGCUCAGACACUUCACUUACUAACUUGUAACCUCGGGCAAGUCACUUAACCUGUUUGCCUUAAACCAUUGGAGAAGGAAAGUAUCUCCAGUAUCUUUGCCAAGAAAACCCCAUGGACAGUGUGGUCUACAGGGUCACGAAGAGUUGGACACCACUGAAGAACAACAACCCUUACAAGGUGGGCAGUCCAAAGGCCUAAUAAAAAGCUGAUCCCUGAAAUCAUAGUUUACCCACACAAAGGUCUCUUUCUCUGACCCCAAAACCCUAGGUCACUGCUCUACUUUCUCUUCCCCAACAUUUCUAACUCCACACCACUCCCACUUCCCCAUAUUGGUGAUGAUCCCAGUGCAAGAUAAGGCCCAAGGACAGAGAAUCAGUUUGCACAGUGGGAGGCUCUAGAAGGUGUCAUGCAGAUGGAAGCAGUUUAAUUUUGGAGCCACUUCCUCAAAAGACCCAGAAAUACCCUAAUUCUCUUUCUGGAGUUACCAUACCAGUGGUCCAGGACCCCUCCAGAAUAUUUAAUCUGGAUCUCAUCUGUCUUUCCUCCCACCACAAAGAUCAAGAGGACCUAGAAAGGUGGAAUUCUCUGGUCCUUCAGUGUCCACAUUGCUCUGUAAGAUAAACAGAUGGAGGGGACCCACCCACCCACUCAGUUCAGGCUGUGUCUAAGUGGAGUAAAUUUCUCUAACUGGGUGAUAGAAUCAAACUGAUACAUUAACUCCCCCAAGAGGCCAGCCACAGUCGCUGUAGCCCUGGCAAAAGAACCAUGUCAUUUGGUAGGAAUAAGGAUACCUUCUUAAUCUGGAGGAGUUGGUUGAAAGGACAAAGCAAUGGUCUUGGCCCAUGUGUGAGCUGUAGAACAGUGUAGAACGGUUCGGGAUUCUCAUUGGGCAAUUUGCAAGACUUGCAUUUGGGUCAGAGUUCUCUUCCUAACCUUACUGAUGCUAGGAGGGUGACUGUCAACCUACCUGCUUCAUUGGUUAAGUGGAUAAUCUAUUGGAGUCUCUCCCUCCCUACCCCCUGAUAUACCUGAUACCACAAGAACUGAAUCAGAUAAAAGAUAAAUGAUCAAGGAGGCACCAUGGGAAAAGGUCUGGACCGGGAAUCAAGACCUGGGUGCUUUCUCAUUUUGUACUAUUUAACUUUGGUUCCUUCCCCCCCUGUUGUAGAGCCAGUGGAGAAUGGGCCAAAAAACACCCAAAUUGCUAGCCACUAGGUGAAGUGCAUAUUAACUCAUUGUUAGCAAGGUGCAUAGUAGCUUACCCACAGUUAAGUACCUGACCUUACCAGCCCUUACCACCCACCAACCUGGCUCACAUGCUGCUAGGUAAAGUUUGCUGAAGGAUUGUCCUUCAGUGCACCUUGUCUUCUUUUACUUAGAUUGUAUGUUCUUUGAGGGCAGGGGCUGUCUUUUUCAUCUCAUAUUUACUGGUAAGUAAGAACUUAGUGGUUUACAAAAUCCUUUCUUCACAAACACUUUGGGAGGUAGACUGAGCAAAGAUAAUUCUCUCCCUGAGCCCUAGAGAAGGAAAACUGUCAAGAUUUUGAACCCAGGUCUUCUGUCUAAAGUCUAGCAUUUGCACACACAGCCCUGCUCAUAAGAGGGACUUGUUACACAUUUGUUUAAUGAGUCAAUCAACAAGCAUUUAUUAAGCACCUACGAUAUGCCAGACACUUGGGCUAAGUGGUAGGGAUACAAAGACAAAGCACACAAGUCUCUGCCCUCAAGAAGCUUACAUUCUCUAUCUGGGGAGACAUGUAUAUAAAUACAUACAAAAUAUAUAUAUUUUAGAGCAGACCUGUGAUUUUAUUUUUAGAGGGAAUUCUUGAUAAGGAAACUCCCACUACACAUGCAGAUCAAGACUUGCCUGGGGAUUCUGAGAGGUUGUGACUAUAUGACCCUCAGGUCAUAUAUAAGAAGUGAGACCUGAACCCAGGCCUCCCCUGACUCCAAGACCACCUUGCCAAACUUUUCUGAUCAUGUAGCACAUGUCAAGAAUUUAAGCACAUAAUUCUAAUAUAUGUAUAUUUAUUUAUAAUUAUAUAUGUACUACUGAACUUAUAAUUGUGUGUAUUAUAAAACACACAAAAUAGAAAUUUUUUAAAUGAGUAAAUAAAAUAUUUUCAGUAUGAUUUCAUUAUUAAUGACCUAAAACCCCUUUUUGUUCUCACUAAAAGUAUUAAUGAUA